AUGACUGUGGCAGGGAGAGUCCAUCUCCUGAAGAAAUGCAGCUCAGAUGCUCUCCAGCAGGAAACAGGAAAUGUAAAUGUUUGGGUGAAGCAGGAGCCCGCCGAAGCGCCCCUCGGGUGGGAGGGCUGCCAGGGUAACAUGCGAAAGCAAAACCUCAUCCUGCUGCUUUCUGCCCUGUUGCUGGCUGGAGAAUCCGCCGGGAACGGCUCUGAAAAUUAUGGAUCAGGAGAUGGAUCGCCGAUAUUACCCACCAUUACAGUAACGCCUCCUCCUGCUACAUAUUCUUCAACCACAGAGGAACAUGAGCCAGUACUUGUCACUGCAAGCGUUACUGAAAGCAGCCUUGAGACAAAAAAUACUCCAAGUAUUGAACUGAAUGGUGAGAACAAUCGAGACAGCCUAGAGGCAGCAGAACAAUCUAUCUUGAUAUACAUUGUCCCUGCUGUGCUGCUGGUCCUGCUGAUUUUGCUGAUCAUAUUUUUCGUAAUACAUCAUAAAAGGAAGAAGUCUAAGCAAGAUGAGCUGGGAAGUGAAAAUGUGAAAAGUCCUAUUUUUGAAGAAGACACGCCCUCUGUUAUGGAAAUAGAAAUGGAAGAACUUGACAAAUGGAUGAACAGCAUAAACAAAAAUGCUGACUGUGAAUGUUUGCCUACUGUAAGAGAAGAAGAAAAAGAAUCAAUUGCCAACCCAAG